CGCCCUACGUAAAGAUGGCGGCGCGCCCUUCCCCCUUGUGUCCGCCUCCAAGAUGGCGGCGCCCUUUUUCGCUCCUCGCUAGAGGCGGCGGCGGGCGCUCCCCUGGUGGCCGCCUAUGCCGGGCGGGUGAGGGAAGCUGUUCCCAUGGCGUGUGGGGAAUGCAACGCUUCAGCACCUGCUCAGGAUCCAGCACGCAGGAACAUCAUCCACUUCCAGCACAGAGAACUGAAGUGCAGAUAGCAGAACCCAACUGCAGGGUAAAGCUGAAAGCUUCCCAUUACUCAUCUGUCAUAGGAGUUAAAGUUGGUCCUGGAAGCCUUCUUUCAGUGUGAAUUUUUCACCUGCAGACUGCUAAUGACAAGCACCAGUCCUGAUGCCUUCCAGCGACUCGCCUGUGAGGGUGGUGAAUCAUGAUUCCAGUCACUGAAUUGCGAUACUUUGCUGACACUCAGCCAGCAUACCGCAUCCUGAAGCCAUGGUGGGACGUAUUCACGGACUACAUUUCCAUAGUGAUGCUGAUGAUUGCAGUGUUUGGAGGGACUCUUCAGGUCACCCAGGACAAAAUGAUUUGUUUGCCCUGUAAAUGGAUUACCAAAGACUCUUGCAAUGACACUGUCAGAGGUUGGACAGCUGUAACCCCAGAGCGUAUUUACUAUAACUCUAGUCUUGUUCCCUCUGCUGAUACAGGGCCCACAGGGAUCCAAUAUGAUUUGGACCGGCACCAGUAUAACUAUGUGGAUGCGGUGUGUUAUGAGAACCGCCUUCACUGGUUUGCCAAGUAUUUUCCUUAUCUGGUGCUGCUACAUACUCUUAUCUUCCUGGCUUGUAGCAACUUCUGGUUCAAAUUUCCAAGGACCAGCUCCAAGCUGGAGCAUUUUGUGUCUAUUUUGCUUAAGUGUUUUGACUCUCCAUGGACAACAAGGGCAUUAUCUGAGACAGUGGUGGAAGAGAGCGAUACCAAGCCAGCAUUUGGGAAAAUGAAUGGCUCCAUGGACAAGAAAUCUUCCACGGUCAGUGAGGAUGUGGAAGCCACUGUUCCCAUGCUGCAGAGAACAAAGUCUCGAAUUGAACAAGGAAUCGUGGACCGAUCUGAGACAGGUGUUUUGGACAAGAAGGAAGGUGAACAGGCCAAAGCACUCUUUGAAAAAGUGAAGAAGUUCCGUACGCAUGUGGAAGAGGGAGAUAUAGUGUAUCGCCUCUACAUGAGGCAGACCAUCAUCAAAGUAAUCAAGUUCAUUCUUAUCAUCUGCUAUACUGUUUAUUACGUCAACAACAUAACAUUUGAUGUUGACUGUAAGGUGGACAUUGAGAGCUUGACUGGCUACAGGAUGUAUCGCUGUGCUCAUCCUUUGGCCACUCUCUUCAAAAUCUUGGCAUCUUUCUACAUCAGCUUGGUGGUAGUCUAUGGCUUGAUCUGCAUGUACACGCUCUGGUGGAUGCUGAGGCGAUCACUCAAGAAGUACUCCUUUGAGUCUAUCCGUGAGGAAAGCAGUUACAGUGACAUUCCUGAUGUGAAAAAUGACUUUGCUUUUAUGCUCCAUUUGAUUGAUCAGUAUGACCCCCUGUAUUCCAAGCGCUUUGCUGUCUUUCUGUCGGAGGUGAGUGAGAACAAGCUGCGGCAGCUGAACCUCAACAAUGAGUGGACUUUGGAGAAGCUGCGGCAGAGGAUCACAAAGAACUCUCAGGAUAAGCUGGAACUGCAUCUGUUCAUGUUGAGUGGCAUUCCUGACACGGUCUUUGACCUCAUAGAGCUGGAGGUCUUGAAGCUGGAGCUUAUCCCUGAUGUCACCAUUCCCCCAAGCAUUGCUCAGCUCACCAGCCUUAAGGAACUAUGGCUUUACCACACCGCUGCCAAAAUUGAGGCUCCAGCCCUGGCCUUCUUGAGGGAGAAUUUGAAAUCUCUCCACAUCAAGUUCACAGACAUCAAGGAGAUCCCUCUUUGGAUUUAUAGCCUGAAGACACUAGAAGAGCUUCAUCUGACAGGGAAUCUGAGUGCUGAAAACAACCGGUACAUUGUAAUAGAUGGAUUGAGGGAGCUGAAGAGGCUAAAGGUGUUGAGGUUGAAGAGUAACCUCACCAAGCUGCCACAGGUGGUGACAGAUGUUGGUGUGCAUCUUCAGAAGCUUUCCAUUAACAACGAGGGCACCAAGCUCAUUGUUCUCAACAGCCUUAAGAAAAUGGUCAACCUGACAGAGCUGGAGCUGAUCCGUUGCGACUUGGAGCGCAUUCCUCACUCCAUCUUUAGCCUCCACAAUCUGCAAGAGAUAGACCUGAAGGACAAUAACCUCAAGACCAUUGAGGAAAUCAUCAGCUUCCAGCACUUACAUCGUCUCACUUGCCUUAAAUUGUGGUACAACCACAUUGCCUACAUCCCCAUGCAAAUAGGCAACCUCACCAAUUUAGAGCGCCUUUACCUGAAUCGUAACAAGAUAGAAAAGAUUCCUACCCAGCUCUUCUAUUGCAGAAAACUUCGGUAUUUGGAUCUCAGCCACAACAACUUGACUUCCAUACCACCAGAUGUAGGACUUCUUCAAAACCUGCAGAACCUAGCUGUGACAGCCAACAGGAUUGAGACUCUCCCGCCAGAGCUGUUCCAGUGCAGGAAGCUGAGAACCUUGAACCUGGGAAACAAUGUGCUGCAGUCACUCCCAUCCCGUGUUGGAGAGCUGACAAACCUAUCACAGAUAGAGCUGCGAGGGAACCGCUUGGAGUGCCUGCCAGUGGAGCUGGGAGAGUGUCCUCUGCUGAAACGCAGCGGGCUUGUGGUGGAGGAGGACUUGUUCAACACGCUGCCCUUGGAAGUCAAAGAGCGGCUGUGGAGGGCAGACAAAGAGCAAGCCUGAGCCCCCGAAAGACGGGGAGGAACCACUGACCAACAAGAAGGAAACACAAGGCCAUUCCAGUCCCCUUUCUCCCAGGUCCUCCCCUUCCUCUUCUCCAAUCACUAUCGAACUAGCCAAGGAGUCCCUGAACAGUGACGACUCUGAGGCUACUUCUUGCCUCGGGUGCAGGAUUGUGGAAAGCUUGGGAUCAGGAUGAGGAUCAAGACAGGUUAGAUGGCUCCUGAGCAAGGGCCAGUGGGAGUAAGAGAUGUUGCUGCUGUUUUGGACAGGAAGUGGAGUGAAGUGGGUGGUGCUGGAAAAGAGAUGACCUCCUUUGGAUGGAGGAGAAAAGGAAACGUGGGGAUUGCUGCCUUGCUUCGAAUGGGGAUUAUAGUGUCAGGGAAUGAGUGUCCUGCAAGCAAUGAUCAAGAGUCUAGGAAACUUCCUGUACCUCCUUGUCUGUGACACCUGGUACUAUUCCCCUCCAAAUCAGCAAUUCAGUAAGUGAGGCCCCACAGAGUGCUAGGGAUAGGAGAGAGUUGAUUAUUCUACCUAGAUGCUGGCAUUGGGAUUUUGGGGGGUAAAUUUAUCUCAGACAUCAAUUUGGAUGGAGGAAUGUGUUUUUUGUUACAAAUUGUCUUCUCUCCCUUGUGUUUGACACCCUGUCUUCUUCCCCUGGGGAAGGAGUUCUCCCUCCAGAACUCCAUCUGUGCAUUAGAGAUUGCACUUUCUAGCAGUUUCAAGUCACUUGUGCUAAUGAGUUGAUCACAUAGCAUCCUCUUCUCCAACUGAUGCAUUGGAGGCUCUAACCAAAAUAAUUCCAGGCCUUUAGCCUGUUCUGAAAUGGCUAGAAUACAAAUGAUCUGGGUAAUACAAAAGAUCUGGAUUAAAAGCAGUUGGUCUGCCUCAUCUGUUCUCCCAGAAGCAUUGAGUUGCUUCAUGAUCUUGGCUUUUAAAGUUUUCAAGCUGCUUUUAAGUUCCCGAUGCUCUGUCACGUAACAAACGCAGAUGUAAAACCAGUGUGUCAAGGUGUCCCCUGGGGUUGGCAGUGUUUAUAGUAAAGAGGAAUAACUCAGUUUUCCUCUGCCCAAAAAACUGUUAGAUUUGUUGCCAAUUUUUUAUUUUUU